ACCAUCCAUUCCCCAGAGCAGCCUGCAGACAGCUCCCUGCCCCACUGCCAGCCAGGACUGAACCCGCGCAGUGAAGAACAGAGUAGCGCACCUCAACUCAAGAUGCAGAGGUGGACUAGUCUCCUGUUUCUAUCUUUGAUCUUUUGUGCCACCCUCUCAGAGACCUUUGGACUCGUUUUAUCAGCAAAAGAAAAAAGGGGCUGGACUUUGAAUAGUGCUGGUUACCUACUUGGGCCACGUCGUAUUGAUCAGCUUUUACUGAUAAAGGAAAUGCCCAUUGCAAAGGGGAGAGAAGAGGCACCAAGGGAAUAUGCAGUAGAUAAUCACAGAUCUUUUAUUGACACACAUGGCCUAGCUGGUAAACGUGAGAUACAGGCUGAAGAGGAUAUAAAAAUAGGUAAUCUUGGGAGACCAGUGGUUGACGACAAUGUUGUACGCACAGUAAUUGAAUUUUUGACUUACUUGCAUCUUAAAGGUUAGUAAAGCUCUCAAUCAUUUAAAAGUACAGUUUUAUUUCAGUCACUGAGGAUCUGAUUCUGUAAUCCUUACUUGGACAAAACUCUUGAAUAAGAGCUGCAGGA